UAAAAAACAACGGCCAUCUUUGUAACUCCGUGCGGCAUUGCGUUUGCAGCCUUUACGGGGCCGGUUGAAAUAAAUUUUAUUCAGAGCGUCACUCGUGAAACACAAUUCAAUAACACAUAAAACGCGUAAACAUAAAUCACUCCCAAAAUGAGUACCGACAGCAUUGAGAGAUUGUACAAAAAUUUCGGCAUCCUUGCCGACGCCAAAGACAAACUUUCUGAGCAUGAAAAAGAGUACUUGGAAAUAUUGACCGCCGUCAAAGGAUCAGCCAAAGAAAAACGUUUGGCAUCACAGUUUAUCGCCAGAUUCUUUAAACAUUUUCCCAAACUUGCUGAUCAAGCCAUUGAUGCUCAUUUAGACCUUUGCGAAGAUGAAGAUAUGGCGAUAAGAAAACAAGCUAUAAAAGAUUUGCCAGCAUUGUGCAAAGAUAGCAAGGAGCAUACCGCAAGAAUCGCUGACAUUUUGGCUCAGCUACUUCAAGCACAAGAUCCCACCGAGCUUGCAGUUGUUCACAACAGUAUUAUGUCACUCAUGAAGAGUGAUCCAAAAGGGGCUAUAAGUGGUUUCUUCAGUCAAAUUUUGAACGGUGAUGAUGGUACAAGAGAACGUUGCAUCAAAUUCUUAGCUACAAAGCUAAAAGCGAUAGGUCAUGAUGUUAUCACUAAAGAACCCGAAGACCUGCUCAUUCUUGAGUGUAAAAAAGUGUUACAAGAUGUGACAGCUGAUGAAUUCCACAGUAUAAUGGAAAUUCUGGCCUGGACGAGACUGGGAUCGACAGUUAGCGGACAACAGGAACUUAUUGAUAUUACAAUUGAGCAAGCUGAAUUAUCUGUCCCAUUCAAACACACCAAUGUUGAACAAUGGAAUAGACUUGUUCAGUGUAUAAAGCAAGCUCUACCGUUUUUCAGUGCUCAGACUGAUUCUCAAAAAUUUGUUUCUUACAUAUGUAUCCAAGUGUUGCCACACAUAUCGCUAAUUACGAGACCCGAUGGCAUUGACGCCCAAUUGGAACUUCUCAAAUUGCUCGCAGAACUCGCAGUCUUUUGUGGUCCUAUCGAUAAACCCGAGGAAAAAGUUCAGCAACUUUAUCAAACUUUGAUCACGUACAUGCCACUCCCACCGGACACAGAUGUGACGGAAGUGCCGAAGCUCCAAUUCAGUCAUGUGGAAUGUCUGAUGUACGCUUUUCACAAAUUGUGCAAACAAACGCCAGAAUUUUUAACGAAAGAUCCUGAACAACUAAAAGAGUUUAAACUAAGGUUACAAUACUUCGCGCGCGGUAUUCAAGGCUACAUUAAAAAAUUACGUGAAGCAAUUAGCGGAAAAAGCGAAGAAGAAUUGAAAACAGACGAGAAUCAACUAAAAGUCGUAGCUUUGAAGACUACCAACAACAUAAAUACUCUCAUCAAAGAUCUAUUUCAUUCUCCACCGAGUUUCAAGAGCGUCAUACACUUAUCGUGGAAAACACCAACUAUCGACAAAAAACAGAAUGAAAAAGUAUCAGUUGGUCAGAAACGUCACACCCCAAUAACUUUUGGUAUCGAAACGUCACCCAACAAGCGCAACAAAGAAGAUAACAAAGGAGGAAAGCGAGAAAUUUAUACACCGCCGAGUGGAAAAUAUAGCUCGAACAUAUCAUCAAAUUAUGGAAACCGUGGUCGAUUCCGUGGAAACAGAGCCGGUGGCAGAGGAGGAUACAGGCCAAGAGGUCGUGGCAACUGGCGAAAAAGUUCGUAUUAAUUAUUUUCGUUGGAUAAAAACACCAAAAGAACACAAGAAAAACUCGCGCAUGGAGUAUGCGGGGGUGAAUUUUACUGAAAAGAAGUGGAAUUCAAAUGAUAAACCUUAUAUAAACAAAAACAAAAGAAUGACUAUUGCACAGUGAAAGAAUCGGUCUAAUGUCAGUCGUGUGCGAGAUGUCGUAAUGCAUAUUCGAAGGAAACGCGACGUUUGGACUUUUUUUGCCAAUGCAAACGACGUUUGGCAAAUGGAUGAUUUUUGUACGAUGCUUAACUCUAAUCAUUUAAAAAAAAAUUAAUUGUAUGAGGUCAUAUUUUGAAUCGACGAUGUCGUAACAAUCAACUAAAUAACGUGGAAGUAAUGGAGACAGAGAAGAAGACGAAGAAGGAGAAACGGUCGAGUGAAGGAUACCAAUGACAGACAAACGGAAAACAUCGUGGGAUGAUGUGACGAACAUCAUAAAACAACAUUGAGAAAUUUACGUGAAUUUUAUGCAUCGAUUUGUUUGCGUAAAUAUUCAAUUUCUGACUUUUAUGAACAUUCCUGAUCCCGAAGAAAUAUUGGCAAACAUCUUGAAAUCUGUCAAUUAAAGUUUGGCACUUUGAAGUGAACUGAUCCGAACAGAGAUAAACGAGCGGGAAAAAAAAAACAUUUUUAAGCGUUGAUACAUUCGUGGCACGAUUCAUCAUCUCGUAAACUUGAAACCUAUUUUAACACGAAGUUAUUGUCUCUGAAUACCGAAACACAGAUUCGAGGAUAUACAAAAAAAUCUGUCGAAUUACAUCGGUCGCGUGGCUAAAUUACAGCGUAUAAGUGAAAAUUGAAAGGAGCAAAGUAUUCCUUCAAGUCGAUGUAUAGUUUGCGAUGUAAAUAAUCGCAUUACGUUUAUUUUACGAAAAGUGUACUUGCUCUUUUGAACAGUUCUGUAUUUUCUGGUGAAAGUAUACAUCAACUAAACGCCUCAAUCGAUGUUCAAAUUGGAACCGUUUUCGCAAGAAAAACGUCAAUUCUGUCGUUAGAAAACUUCGAUAUGAGCCGAGAAAUUAUAAUUAAAACUGAUCAAGCAUCUGUCAAUGUUUGCCGUGCAUGCGAAGCGAUCACAAAGCGCGAGGAAACAAGUAGUUACCAAUUAUCAUCUUGAAUUCUGAUUACGACAUCGAAACACAUGUUAAAAUUAGGAAGAUGAUGUUCCUACCUAACCUCUCCAUGUAAAACCCCUGUCCAAUCCCCGAACACAACACACACACCACAAAACCUUGUCCUAGAAUUUCCAUUAUUUUUUUGUUGGCAGGAAAGUAAAGGCAGUGGCAGUACUAAAAAUUCUACUAUUCACCUGCAUCACAGCGAUAACCACAAUUCUAAUUUUUUGAAGCCUCGAUAUUCUAAUCAAAGAAACGAUAAAACGAAGGUAUUCUCACGCUCAAUCGUUGUUAACGUCUUCAAUAAAUAUGCCCGUAUAGUUUA